ACUAUCCCAGACCAGACAUGUUUACGGCAAAGCCAGACCACAAGACCACCCGGUGGAGAUCUGACCUGCACCAAUGACUACCAAGUGUUAUUUUCAUCAUCUGUCGCCAUGUCGCCGCCAAAGAGACCCCUGGUCCCUGUGAGCAGCCGGCGGAAAGCAGUGGACGACUACUUCCCGUUCAACCUCCUGCCCGUGGAGUGCCAGCUGCACGUCCUGUCCUUUUUGAACGAGGUGGAUAAGUGCAGCUGUGCUUUGGUCUGCGUGAGCUGGAGCUGCAUCGUCCGCUCAUGGAAGCUGUGGCGGGUGGCAGACUAUUCCCGCCGAGGCGUCUUCCACCUGGGCCGGGAGGGGCUGCUGGUUUCCAACCGGGAGUUUGAGAGGUGGAAGUCCUGGGUGCACCAUUACACCCAUCACCUGAUCUCGCGGCGGGCCAGCCUGCUCACGCUGAAGGCUAGCUUCGACCUGGGCGACCGCUGCAACAAGUGGUGCGAACUGCUGAGUCACCUGCUGGACAACGUCCACUGCAGAGACCUGAGUCACCUGGACCUCAACUGGACAUUCACUCUGCUGGAGCCGCUGGACCUCAGGGUCAACUCGGGCUCCAGCUCGCACCAGGACAGCAUUACCAAGAUGGACCAGGUGACCAGUUUCCAGGAACUGCUGACCAAACUGACCCACAGCUGCCCGCGCAUCUCCAAGAUGCGGUUACACUUCGACUGGUCCGACGUGUCCGUGUCGCUGCUCAUCCAGUUCCAGCAGCUGCGGGUUCUGGAGCUCAAAUACUUCUGGGUUUUUAAAGGAGUGACUCCCACGACGCUGCAGGCCCUAACCAAAUCCCUGCCUAACCUGAAGUCUCUGACUCUACAAAUCCUGGUGCCGCUGAGGAACCUGGGCAUCUCGUACACUCUGGAGUCCCAGUCUCUGGAGUUCCUGGACGUGUCCCCCAGCCGGGGCUUGGUCUUCUCCUGUCUAAAGCUGCCGGCCCUGCGCGAGCUCCGGGCCAAGAAGAUCGUCCGCGGCAUCACUCUCGACCGGAGGACCAGGCUGCGGAUCCAGAGCCGCUGGCCCUGUCUGUACCACGUCCUCCGGGCGGGGACGCCCAAGCUCCAGGCCCUCAACAAUGAGAGGCUUCUGCCCACAUGGAGAGAGGAGAGCUAUGGGGAGCUGUCUGCCAUCCUGGAACAGUCCUGUUACUGUGUUCAGCAUCUAGACAGCUGGCUUUGGUAGACACCUGCCCAAUAAACCCCCAAACCCCCCCCAAAAAAAAAACAAAGUGGUUUAGCCAGGUGGCCUGUGUCUUUAUUCCUAGUGGCAUAGGCCUGGUGGUGGGUGGGGGCAACCUAGGACUGUGUGACUUGAACUGACGCACCACUCAUAUGUGGUCGUUUACGCGUUGUUAUGGAGCCCACUGCAGUUCUAGGCCCUUUUAGACCCGCCCUUCAAUAGCAUUCAAGCGCUACGAUUGGCCAGGCGUCCAGACACGCACAAAGUAACGGAACCCGAUUUGUUCAGGUCCUAUCCCCCGACCAAUCAGCUAUCCUAACCUUAACUACUGGAAGCCAAUGCCUGACCUCAACCAAUCGGCCUGCUGGGGUGGGCGGGACUUGCCUGGAACUGCAGUGGGAUCCAUAAACGCAUCUUUUACACACACCAAGUGUGUCCCUGUUCAAACAAACUGGUCUCAGAGGUGCACACAAGAAAAACACAUAUUCAAGUUUAAAAAAAAUAUUUUUUAUCAAUUCUUAAACAGGAAGCUGCUGUUAUAGUUGGAAAAAACUUUCCCAAGACUAUGAUACACAGCGUGUCUACAACUGUUUUAUUUAGUCUAUCCAUCAUCUCCCAAAAACUAAAGGAGCUCCAGGCUGAUUGCACUGUGUACCUAAGCUAAGUGUGCAUGGUCCAUGUAUCGUGUAAAAGACGAGCAGAAGACUUAGAGAUGUGGAGAAUGCCUUUUAAACGUUGUCCGUUCGAAGAGGAAACUAUGUUGGAACAAUAAGGA